AUGAUUACAAAGUUUAUACUAAUUAGUGUCGGUGCUACAGUAGCUAUUGCAUUCGGUCUUGGUAUCAUUAUUGGUCAUUUUGCAAUAAAAAAAACAACAAGUAGUACAAUAGCAAAGUAUGAUUAUCUGACACGUAAUGCAGAUCAACAAAAUUAUCAAACUUUUAUUUCUUCUAUUCAAUCAGCAAAUAUUGAAGCAAAUCUCAAAGAUCUUACUUCACGUCCACAUAUGGCUGGUCUACCUGAAGAUUUAGCUAGUGCUAUUGUCAUAGAACAACGAUGGAUAAAUGAUGGACUAAAAGUUACAAAACCAAAAUACAAUGUUCUUCUUUCUUAUCCAGAUGAUAAUAAUCCAAAUCGAGUCACUCUUACUAGUAGUUCUGGUACUAUUAUUAUUCAAACAAAUGGUACUGAACAAGUCUAUGAUAUAACACAACCAAAAACAGUUAAUCCAUUUCUUGCAUAUACACCUAAUGGUACUGUUUCUAGUACGAAAUUAUACUAUGGUAACUAUGGUCGACUUGAAGAUCUUAAAUAUUUGGCAUCGAUUGUUGGAAAUGCUAGUUUACAAGGUAGUAUUAUUAUUAUGAGAUAUGGUAAAAUUUUUCGAGGAGAUAAAAUAAUGAAUGCUCAGUAUUAUGGAGCAGUUGGUGCAAUAUUAUAUAGUGAUCCAAUUGAUUAUGCUCCAUUUGGAACAUCAGCAGAUCAAGUGUAUGAUCAAAAAUGGUAUAUGCCACCAAGUGGUGCACAAAGAGGAUCUACAUAUACUGCAAAUGGUGAUCCUUUGACACCUAUUUAUCCUUCGACAGACUAUAUGUAUAGAGUUAAAGAAGAAAGUUUGAAAUAUUUAAUUAAAAUUCCCGCUCAACCCAUUGGUUAUGGUGAAGCACAAGUGAUACUUCAAUAUAUACAAGGUGAUAACGUAACAAAAGAUUGGAGUGGAGCAUUACCAAAUGUGGUUUAUCGUUAUGGUGGAAUUCUUCGAGAUUCAACUAAAAUCGAAGUUCGAACAUACAAUAGACAAGAGAGAAAAGAUACAUAUAAUGUAAUCGGUAUUAUGAAAGGCGAAAUUGAACCAGAUCGAUAUAUUGUUUUUGGCAAUCAUCGAGAUGCUUGGAGUUUGGGCGCACUGGAUCCAACUAGUGGGACCGCAGUUUUACUCGAAAUGACUCGAGCUAUAGGUGAAAUGUAUAAAAAUGGAUUUCGGCCACGACGUAGUUUAAUGUUUUGUUCAUGGGGUGCUGAAGAAUUUGGACUCAUAGGAUCAGUUGAAUAUGUUGAGGAAUAUGUUAAAGUACUUGGUGCUCGAAUUAUUUCAUACUUAAAUAUAGAUAUUGCGGUCGAAGGAAACUAUAAACUUCGUGUAAACACUUCUCCACUAUUGUUUGAUAUUGUUAUUGAAGCAUCAAAAAUGGUGCCAAGUGCAUAUGAUCUUGCUGGUCAAACUGUUUAUGAUAGAUGGAUGAAAGUUGAUCGAAAUAAUAUUACCAAUGAACCUAAUAUCAAUUAUGGUCUUGCAGCGGGUAGUGACUAUUUCAGUUUUGUUCAAUUGGUUGGUUCAUCAGGUAUGGAUGCAAGAUAUACAUUUGAUUCAACUAUACAUGGAAAUCCAGGUUCAUAUCCACUUUAUCAUACUUCAUAUGAAGUCUUUUCGAUGAUGAAAAAAUUUAUUGAUCCAGAUUUUACAGCACAUAGAACAAUGGGACAAUUUAUGGGUGUUUUAAUAUUACUUUUAUCAGAAACACCUAUUCUUCAAUUAAAUGUUACACGUUAUACAUUUGCUCUUAGACAAACAAUGAAUAAUCUUAAAAUAAAUGAUCCUACAAUUCUUAAUCCACUUCGAAGUGCUAUUGAUGAUUUUGAUAAAACUGCUCAAGAUUUUGUUAGACGAUCAAAAGUAAUGGAUACAGAAAAUCCAUAUAUAAUUCGUGCAUAUAAUGAUCAAUUAUUACAAUUAGAACGUGCAUUUUUAAAUCCAUUAGGACAAGAUAGUGAUCAUACUGAUUUUAAACAUAUCGUUUAUGCUCCACCUAAAACUAAUCGAUACGCUGCACUUGGUUUUCCUACUAUUAUAGAUGCAAUUGCUAGUGGUGAUAAAACAGAAAUUAAUAAUCAAAUAGCCAUAGCUACUUACUUUGUACGUGGUGCUUUAUCCACACUAAAAGAAUUUGAUAAUUUUUUCUCCACAUCAUACUACUGA